AUGAAACUCGAGCCUGUCCAAGAUCAACUGCCUCUCACUGAUGAGUGUCACCAUUACGAUGACAUUAACGAUGUUCCAAAGGAUCUUCAGAAGUACUGGCACCAGCGCUACUCCAUCUUCGAAUUCUAUGACUACGGCAUCCAUCUCACAGACGAUGCCUGGUUCGGCGUGACCCCGGAGCCCGUGGCCAACAAGAUAGCCAAGGACAUCCGCUGGCACCGCCUAUCCACCCCACCAAAGGAUACCAUCAUCGACCUGUUCGCGGGCGCCGGCGGCAACACCAUCGCCUUUGCCCUUUCAGAGAAGUGGUCGCGCGUCAUCGCCAUUGAGAAGGACGCCGCGACGCUCGCCUGCGCACAGCACAACGCGGCCGUGUACGGCGUCGCCGAGGCUAUCACCUGGGUUCACGGCGACAGCCUCGAGUAUCUAGCGCGACUCAAGGACUCAAAGUCACAGACGACGACGAAGAAAAAGAAGAAGGACCAAGACUUAGACCCCGCUCUGCAGGUGGACAUGGAAGCCACUGUUCUGUUCGCUUCUCCCCCCUGGGGCGGGGUGAGCUACCGCGGGCACGAUAUUUUUGACCUCAGCACCAUGGAACCGUACAACAUCAAGACGCUCCACGAUGCGUGCCAGCCAAUGGAACACGCCCUGUAUCUCCCGCGGACGAGCGACCUUCGGCAGAUCGCUGAGCUGGCGCCAGCCGGGGAGAAGAUCGAGGUGGUGCAGUACUGCAUGGAGGGCGCCAGUAAAGCCAUGGUGGCCUAUAUAGCCGGCCAGCCAAUACAAAAUGGAAACAGCAAGCCAUACUCGUGA